AUGGCCUCAAGAGAGUCUCCAGGCUCACCGUUAUCCUCGGUGGGCUCCAUGGACGGAUCAGACCAUGAAGACAGCCGCGCGCACUCGCCCUCGACGUCAAACAUGCCGCCCUCGAAACGGCGUCGCACUGGGGGCCCUCCCUGGAUUAACAAAGAACGACACACACCACAGUCAUCAGUUUGCGACGAAAACCAUCCUCCCCCAUCCCCAACCGCCUCAAUCUCCUCCGACAGCUCCGCCGACAUCCCCAACUCUCCAAGCCUCCUUGCUCUCCUGGGCACCAAUCAAGAAGAUGACUACAGCGGCCAAAGCACCGACCAAGUCACCAUCUGCCGAUGGGACGGGUGCACAGCCGGCGACCUCGGAAACAUGGAUGGGCUGGUGUCUCACCUGCACAACGAACACAUCGGGAGCCGACAGAAACGGUACUCGUGCGAGUGGACCGACUGCACCCGCAAAGGUCAAACGCACGCCAGCGCUUAUGCCCUCCGCGCCCACAUGAGAAGUCACACCCGCGAGAAACCUUUCUACUGCACACUACCAGAAUGUGAUCGCAACUUCACCCGCUCCGACGCCCUCACUAAGCACAUGCGCUCUGUUCACGAAACUGAUACCAUGCGUCCCAACGACGCAAUUGGCAAAGCCGGCUCUUCGACCGGAACUCCCGCCUCGAAGCUCCAGCGCAUUCGACUAAAACUCACCCAGCCCCGCGAGCCUGGCUCCGAGGCAGAACCUCAUGUCGAAGCCCCGGUUGCCCCGCCAGUGCCAUCGAUCCCAACGGAGCAUGAUCUGGAGGAGAAUUCCAUGCCUGAAUUUGGCCCGGAGCUCGAGCUAGAUGAUCAUGAACUCUCUUUACCCGCACGAGACCUAUACCGUCUCCUUCGACGCCAGAUUGUAUGGGCCGGAAAAGAGACGGCACAAUUGCAGGCUGAGUGGGAGGGGAUUCGACCGAAGCGCGAGGCAGCAUGGCGUGAGAAAGAAGCCAUCUUCGACGAUCUGAUUGAUGCCGAGGUUGGACUUUUGAGCGCUAUGGUUGGCUCGGUCCCUCCAGCCAAUCUCACCACUAGUCUGGAGAAAUUGCAAAGACAGCAAGAACAGUUCCACAACCAACAGGAGCAGCUUGCUAGGGCCGCUGAGCCUCCUUAUGUUGAGGGUGCUUAG